AUGGACUCUGAGGAUGGGAACACUUUCAUAAAAAACCUUGCAUACUUCGUUCGCACUCACGAAAAAGCACUCGCAAACGCUCUGCAGCUCAAGCGGCAAGCUCCCAAAAAUGUGCCUGGCUCUGCCACCAGCCCGGCUUCCCCGACGACAAACUCCUCCUCGUCGGCCUCGACCUUCGCCGCCGCGCUGUCCCUACCAUACCUCAACUUCGCCUCCCAGAAUGUCAAGCCGGCAAAGCUCACCCUGACUCCUCACCACCUCUUCUACCUGCUCUCUCGUUUCGAAGAACUCGGCAUACCCGUCGGGCCUAUGAACGUGCGCCUCGAGAACAUACACUCGGAUGCCUCUCCUACCAACUAUGUGUCUUUCCUUAGUCAAGCCCAGCGAAAGAAGACGGGCAUGUCGGAUCGGGACUCCAUACACUCCGUCACCAGCAUGCGCAGUGUCAUGACCGGCAUGUCCUCUCUGUGGUCAAGCAUUGGCCUCUCCUCCAACUCCUCCGCCAAAACGGAGAAGCAGAAGGCUGCCAUCAAGGAGGACCUGAAGUAUCUCUACUCCGCCUUCACUAAGAUUCCUUGCCUGAGGUUGGCCCCAGACCACAAGGCGCGGCUGAUUGCUGGGUAUGAGGAGUUCCCCUUCGACACUGCAGUUCCCCUCUUCGUGUUCAAGAACUUGAGUGCGCUUGAGAUCAUUGACGUCGAUUUCCGCCAGUUUUACGGCUGGGAUCGCCUGGCUGAACAGCUCCGCAGCCUCACUAUCAAGAGGGGCGGUGUGGAAGACCCUACUGACCUGCUGAUAAACAUUGUAUUGGAUGAUGCCGACCGCCGGCGCAGGAGAUCUGCUAAGACGUCGCCGUAUUCUGUGCUCCCAGUCCCUGGAUCUCACAGCCCUAGUUCUAAGCACCCCGAGCUGUCCAGGGUUGCCAUGUCUCCUCCCUCACCGCCCAUGUAUGACAGACGUUCUUCGAUCGGGAGCCCCCAGAGCAUCGCCAUGGCCCGCCAGAACUCGGCCAGCUCCAAGGCCUCGCGCGCAAGGCGCAGGAGCAACUCCCCCUCCAGGCCUGCCAGCUCCCGGCAUGGCUCGUCUUAUGCACACGCCAGGAACAGCGCGCCCAACUUGAGGCGGUCUUCUGGCAGCUCGGGCUCCAGUGUCCGCUCCAACACCCCGAGGGGAAGCUCCUCCAACCUUCUUGCCCUUGGUGCUCUUCCGUCCUCAAAGUGGCGGUUCUUGAGACAUUUGAGUUUGGCUGACAACGGACUGACCGCGGUGUCGGCUGCUAGCCUUGCGCCGCUUGCUACUACUCUCCAGUCCCUGGACCUCUCCUGCAACCUGUUCGCCGAGAUCCCUGACAGCCUGGCAACACUCACCUCUCUGAGAGCCCUCAACCUGGCCAACUGCAUGAUCGAGUCGCUGCACUCCAUCGUGCGCAACCCACUGCCAGCUAUCACAACACUCAACUUGCGUGCCAACCGCCUCAUCUCGCUGAAGGGAAUUGAACGUCUGCUCUCUCUCGAGCGCCUGGAUCUGAGGGAAAACAAGCUCAUCGACCCAACGGAGAUGGCUCGCCUCACCGGCGUGCCCGAAAUGCAAGAGAUCUAUGUCCACAAAAACCCCUUUUGCAAGACGCACUCGAACUACCGUGUCACCAUCUUCAACCUCUUCCGUAGCACUCCGGGCUACACUGAAGAUAUAUUGAUUGAUUCCACCGGGCCCGGCUACAGUGAACGAAAGCAACUUGUGGAUCGAGUACCAGAGGCGGCCAACGUCCCAGUCAUCAAGCCUCAGCCAAUUGAAGACGUCUUCGCUGAAGCAGGCCCUCAGCCUGUCCAACCACCGACUACAGGUGACGAAAUCAAGGCCGAGUACGAUGCACCCGCCCGAACCGAGACACGUGUUGUCGGCUCGAUCAAGAAGCGCAAGGGUCCGAAGCGGAGAAUUGUGGAGUUGUCGUCACAGACCGAUGGGUCGACGCAUCAGCGCACAGAUUCGGCGAUGAUGCCAACCCCGCAGCCCGCCAAACCUGUGGCGGCUGCUGACAGCACCUACGGCGGCAGCAGCCCUGAGGCUGCACCUGUCCGCAAGCCCUCGGGGCCCUCUUCGCAGACCUUGGAGCAGCAAAAGCUCCCUCACAUUGAUACCACCAUCACCUCUCCGCCGCUGGGCGCUGAACUCGAUUUCACCACCAUUGGCACCGACGAAGCGACUGUCAAUGGCGUCCUUUACCGGAAGAAAAUUGAGGCUCUACGUAACGACUUUGGCAACGGUUGGCUCAGCGCCCUCAGUGAUGAAACUUGGGAUAGCCACCAUUCGACCCCGUCGUAUGAGGACCACAUGAGCCCCGCGUUGCGGCCCACGGUGGCCUCAUCCAGGACGCCGAGUCAGGGCAUCGUCUCUGGCGGAAGAACGCUCGGCUAA